AUGGACACCGCUAUCUUCGGCGUCUCCGAGUAUUCUCGCCGGAGGCCUCGUUUCCUCUGCCUUCACGGUUUUCGCACCAGCGGCAAGAUCAUGCGGACGCAGGUGAUGGGGAAAUGGCCUAAGAGCGUCACCGACAACCUCGAUCUCUUCUUCGCCGACGCACCGUUCUCCGCCGGGGGAAAAUCUGAAGUCGAAGGCUUAUUCGAUCCUCCUUACUACGAAUGGUUCCAAUUCAAUAAGGGAUUAACGGAGUACGGAUUCACGGAGUACAUAAACUUUGAUGAGUGUCUUGCCUACAUCGAGGAUCUGAUGAUUAAGCAUGGUCCGUUUGAUGGGUUGAUGGGAUUUUCCCAGGGGGCAGCUCUCUCCGCUGCGCUGCCGGGUCUCCAGGCGAAGGGUUUCGCAUUGAAGCGCGUGCCCCAGGUGAAGAACGUGGUGAUAAUUGGCGGGGCAAAGCUUCCAUCACCCGUUGUGGCGGAGAAGGCGUUUGGUGCGAAGAUAAAGUGCCCUUCCCUCCACUUCAUUGGAGAAUUGGACUUCUUGAAGGAACACGGUGAAGCUCUUUUGGACGAAUUUGUAGACCCCGUUGUACUUCGCCAUCCAAGGGGACACACGGUCCCCAGACUUGACGACAAGAGCCUGGAAGUGGUGCUUGGUUACAUAGAACGCAUCGAGCAGAAUUUGGAUGGCUCUCUCUAAUUGUGAGGAAGCCAUUGAAGUUUGAUAAUAAUAUUGAGCAUGGCUGCAUUGGAACGGUGGCUUCAGUUCUUAAUUGUGUUGCAUAUAUACACUUUAUAUAUAUACCUUGGUUACAGUAAAUGAAUUUAUUAUACCAUACAUGGAGCCAUCUAAAUUAUCAAAAUAGUAGGUGCUCCAGUUGCUCGGGUUGGAUAAAAUUGUAUGAUUUCCACAAUUGUGGAUGUGCUUGAUAUCUGUUUAAAAACCUGUUAAAGGUUUCUGUACUGUUACUAUUACUAAGAUACAUUUCUUAAUGUUAUAUUAUGCAAUAUGCAUAUUGCUAACUGUAGA